AUGUACGGUGUGGUGCAGAGCCCAACUCGAGACAACCUCAAUAAGUUCUCCUCAAGCAAAGUCCCCAGCAGGCAGCAGCGCUGGAGCCGCUGCAAGUGCUUCCACUGCACCGGGAGAACGUACUCCAACUGCUCACAACAAACAACUCCAAAAUGUCAAGGGUCAAGACCAUCCGCCGCACCCAUCUAUGAGUGGGUAGUGGAUCCAAAAUUUGGUUACUAUGAUGUACUUUAUUUGCAAAUAGUUCAUCUUGGACUUCAAAAAUCAUGUUGCGAAAAAUACAAAAGUACGUGA